AUGUUUGCGCUUCUUCGUCCACCACUUCCCGCCCGGACCGAGCGGGCUAAUCAAAAUCCCAUCCUCUAUGAAAAUGGGCGAUCCUCCUUGGAAUUCAGGGAUGCUGGUGCCGAGUACACACUACGGAACGUACACCCUCCCAUGGCCAAAGGCGAAGCUCCGUCCAUAAUGGUACCUCCUCAUCAUUAUCACAUCAACCAGUCCGAGCAUUUCCGGAUUGUUUCCGGCAGUGUCAACAUAUUCAAGGGCCUGGACCCUCGACCUUGGAAAGUACUGUCGCACAAGGACGGAUAUGAAAAGACCGCUAUGAUCGCUAAGAAAUUCUACCACCGGAUCGAGAAUGCGUCUCCGACCGAGUCGCUUGUUCUGGAUGUACAUUUGGCUCCCGAAGACUAUGAGAAUGAGCAGCGCUUCUUCCGUAAUUUCUUUGGCUACCUUGAUGACUGCAAAACUGCCCAGGUGGCCCCGAGCCUCUUUCAGCUGUUGGUAUUUCUCCACAGUGCAGAUACACCGCUCGCUCUUCCGAUCUCGGAGUCCUGGCUCGGCAUCAUUGCAAGCCGCAUAUUUUUGAUUGGGAUGGCCUUUUGGGGUAGAUGGAUUUUGGGUUACCAGACAACAUAUGCGGAGUACUACCAGGAAAAGAAGGGUCGUUGA